AUGUCUGAGUCGCACGAUGCAACAACUGUUACGGCAGCAGCGGCGGCCCAGCCUCAGGUUGCCAUCGAUGACCGUGACCUUAUUGCGGCAGACGAGGUCACAGACGAUGAGGAGUCGAUCAGAGGUUCGAGCGUUGCAUCUUCAAGCGCCAGUCUUUCUAGCUCGAUCCUCGACUACAGGCUAGAAAACGGCCGGACAUACCACCGAUACAAAGAUGGCAAAUAUUACAUCCCAAACGAUGAGAAGGAGAAUGAUAGACUUGACCUUCAACACAAUCUCUUCAUUCGCACGUUUGAUAACCGCUUGGGAGCGGCGCCGCCCAAUGAUCCGAGUUACAAAGUUGGUCGAGUCUUGGACGUUGGUACGGGCUCUGGUAUCUGGGCCAUCGACUUUGGCGACGAUCAUCCGGAAUCAGAGGUCCUCGGUAUCGAUUUGUCUCCGGCACAGCCAAGCCUUGUCCCGCCGAAUGUUCGAUUCGAGGUUGACGAUCUUGAGGAACCUUGGACAUACUCGCGUCCGUUCGACUACAUUCAUAGCCGUAUGAUGAACUCUUCUGUCAAGGACUGGAAGAAAUACUGUCAACAAGCUUUUGAUAAUCUCAAUCCCGGCGGCUAUCUGGAGCUUAAUGAGAUCAACCCCGGUGCCCAUUCCGACGACGGCACCCUCAAGCCAGAUUCAGCCCUGGUCAAAAGCAUGAAUCUGUGGGAAGAGGCAGCUAACAUCUUCGGUCGCCCCUUUCAGAAUCUCAGAUUCCUGGCAGAUGUGAUGGUUGAAGUCGGCUUUGAGGAUGUGCAGUGCCGAAGGUACAAAUGGCCUACUAACGCGUGGCCGAAGAACCAUAAGUAUAAAGAACUCGGCGCUUGGAACUAUGAGAACUUCGCCCCUCAUUGGGAAGCCUUUAUUAUGGCGCCUCUGACUAGGGCUCUGGGCUGGACGAAGGAGGAAGUGCUGGUCCUGGCGAUGGACGCUCGCAAGGACCUCGGCGAUCGAAACAUCCACGCAUACUUCACGAUUUGGGCCAUUUUUGGUCGCAAACCCGCGCCGCCGACACAAGCCGCUACGGGCGCAGAAGCAACUGACAGAACUGAUGGUCUGUCUUCUGGUUCACUCUGA